GCAGGUGAGCGAGGAGCCGGGGGAGGGCAGCGGCUCCGGGCGCGGCGCAGGCGGCGGAUGCUCCGGCCCGGCUGCCAGGCUCAGCUGUGCCAUGUCCCUGAUGGUGGAGGUCGGCGAGAACCAGCCAGGGAGGAUGACGGCAGAUGACAUCAUUGCUGGCACGCGGCAGGUGGUGAAGGGGCUGGAGGCUCUGCGGAGCGAAAACAGGGGCAUCUCACAGCGGCUGCAGGAGGCCCUGAUCCAGGGCCACGGGCAGGAGGAGCCCCUGGGGAGCCAGGCCCUGCAGCUGCUGGAGGAGAAGUACGACCUCGUCCGCAAGUCCCUGGAGGGGAUUGAGCUGGGGCUUGGCGAGGCAAAGAUGAUGAUCGCGCUGUCGUCCCACAUCGGGGCGCUGGAGGCUGAGAAGCAGAAGCUGCGGGCGCAGGUGAAGAGGCUUUGCCAGGAGAACCUGUGGCUGCGGGAGGAGCUGGCGGGGACCCAGCUGCGGCUGCAGCAGAGUGAGGAGAUGGUGGCACAGCUGGAGGAGGAGAAGAAACACCUGGAGUUCAUGAACCAGCUGAAGCAGUAUGACACCAAGGAGGAGCAGCCGGAAAAGGACGACGCCCAGAGGCGGAAGGAUAGCCUGGCCUCCCUGUUUGCCAGCGACGAGGAUGAGCAGCGGCAGGGGAGCCAGCCGACCAGCACAGCCAUGGCAGCAGCACAGCAGGGUGGCUACGAGAUCCCGGCGCGGCUGCGAACGCUGCACAACCUGGUGAUCCAAUACGCCUCACAGGGGCGCUACGAGGUGGCCGUGCCACUCUGCAAGCAGGCGCUGGAGGACCUGGAGAAGAGCUCUGGGCACAGCCACCCUGACGUGGCCACCAUGCUCAACAUCCUGGCGCUAGUGUACAGGGACCAAAACAAGUACAAGGAGGCCACGGACCUGCUGAACGAUGCCCUGGACAUCCGGGAGCAGGCUCUGGGCGUGGAGCACCCAGCGGUGGCCGCCACCCUGAACAACCUGGCCGUGCUGUAUGGCAAGCGGGGCAAGUACAAGGAAGCGGAGCCGCUGUGCAAGCGGGCGCUGGAGAUCCGCGAGAAGGUCCUGGGCCCCACGCACCCCGACGUGGCCAAGCAGCUCAACAAUCUGGCGCUGCUGUGCCAGAACCAGGGCAAGUUUGAGGAAGUGGAGCGGUACUACGAGCGGGCGCUGCGCAUCUACCAGAGCCAGCUGGGCCCCCACGACCCCAACGUGGCCAAGACCAAGAACAACCUGGCCUCCUCCUACCUGAAGCAGGGCAAGUACCAGCAGGCCGAGGAGCUGUACAAGGAGAUCCUCACCUCACAUGACCAGGAGCGGGCAGCUGCCCACCACGGUGACCCCGCAGCAGGCCAGAGCAGUGCAGACCCCCUGAGCCAGGAUGCCAUGGGCAGUGUGCGCCGGAGCAGCUCCUUCUGCAAACUGCGGGAGUCCAUCCGGCGUGGCAGCGAGAAGCUCGUCUCCCGGCUGAAAGGCGAGAGCGUCCAGACCAUUGACCCCAACCCUGGGAUGAAACGCGCCAGCUCCCUGAACGUCCUGCAUGUGGGUGAGAGGCCACCGGUGCCAGCGGCUUCCCCCGCGGUGAGAACUGGGCCCAGGGCCCCAGCAGCUGCCAGGCCAGCAGCAGGGUUCCUGGCCCAGGACCCCAUAACUCCCUGCUCCCCUUUAUUCCCUCUCCACAGGUGCCCAGCAGGAACCUGAGCGCCAGCAGCAGCUCCCUCUCCAGUGCAGGCUGAGGCACUGGCAUGACCAGGCCAGCUGGAGUCUCAGCUCUGCUUGCUACCGGCCCCCCUGCAGCCUGCCCAUUAAGCCUCCAGGGAGCAGAGUGCACAGAGCAAGGGGCACUGCUGGCUGCACCCCAGCCAGCCCCCACACUGGCUGCAGUGAAUGUGCCCCCCUCAGCUAGGAGAGACCAAGCCGGUGCCUGCCCCCUACUGGGCUGCUCUGGCUCCAUAGCACAAGCUGCUCCUUCUCAGGUUGCCCAGGGGCUCGGCCUGGCCCUGCUCCAGCUGCCUUAACUCCCCCCCGAUUGCAGGGGCCAGGCUCGCUAUUUAUUCUAUUUAUAGGACAUGGCAGGUGAGAGCAGAACAAGCACAACGUGAAUAAAGGUGUUUAGCGA